CGGUUUGUUUCGCACACGAGAAACCGAAGGCAGAGAGAAGAGUGGCAAGCGAACAUGUCUGCGACAGGAGGUGGUGGAGUUGGUGUCGGAGGAGGGGAGGAGGAUAAGAAGCCGACAGAUGCUGCUCAUAUUAACCUCAAAGUGAAGGGCCAGGAUGGAAACGAAGUUUUCUUCAGGAUUAAGCGAGGCACUCAACUGAGGAAACUGAUGAAUGCAUACUGCGAUAGGCAAUCAGUAGAUUCGAACUCCAUUGCCUUCUUGUUCGAUGGACGGAGGCUCCGAGGAGAGCAGACUCCCGAUGAGCUUGAGAUGGAGGAUGGAGAUGAAAUCGACGCGAUGUUGCACCAGACCGGAGGUGGAUGCGGAAGCUCUUAGGUAUGCCAAUUUGAGAGGAGCAGAAGACUUGGUGCAAAGUAGUAGGUAUCAUCAUAUAUAAAUAUAGUUUCAUCAAUGUAUGUAAACGAAGAUUGUGGAGGAUAUUUGGAAUAGUUGGUUUGUGAA